AUGGCUACUCCGUCCGAAUUGCACGGUCUUUGGACAGUUUAUCAAAAGUUCGGAAGUGGUAAAGUGUCGUGGGUACGUCUCUUCGAACCAUCCAUUAAGCUGGCUCUGAACGGUUUUCCAGUUUCCUCUCAUCUUGCGUUCCAAAUCGCCCAGAAGGAAGAGCAAAUUCUUGCUGAACCAUCACUUAAGCGAACCUUCGUGGAUGCAGCCACAGAGCGUGUCUACGAAGAAGGUGACCUGAUAAAACGAGAACAUCUUGGAUUCACAUUGCAGUUGAUUGCAAACUCAUCUGAUCCUGUUCAACUUUUCUAUAAAGGUGGCGUUGCGCAAACAAUUGUGGCUGAAGUUCAAGAACACGGAGGAUAUGUGACACUGGAUGAUUUGAGUGCCUACGAGACGCUUAUCGAUGAGAUACCGAUCGAGAACGACAAUCUGCUGGCUGGUGAGCUGUCAAUGUGUGGACCGGCUCCACCGAGUUCAUUCGCCAUCACACAAAGCAUUGUUGCAGUUCUUUCGGAGCUCUAUGCUGAUGAUACUGAGAAUGCAAUUGAUACGAAUGAUGCGCUGUUUUACCAUCGAAUUAUUGAAGCCGAAAAGUUUGCUUUCGCACAGCGCAGUCGGUUCGGCGAUGUGGAAUUUGUGGCGGAUGCUCUUAAAGUGGCACAGAAUAUGACCAACAAAUCAUACGCUCAGUGGAUUGGUUCGUUGAUCAAAGCACAAGCUCAACCAUCUGAUUACUAUUCGCUGAAUUAUUCCACUACGUAUCAAGUAAGUGAUCGCGGAACGUCACACGUGAGUGCUAUCGAUAGGGACGGCAACGCUGUCUCAUGCACCAGUACCAUUAAUCAAAUACUUGGCUCAAUGCGAGUCUCACCAACACUCGGCAUUAUAUGGAAUGACGAACUGAAUGACUUUUCGACACCAGUGGAAGGUGACAAUUUGACGUUUGAAAUGAACUUCAUUGAGCCUGGAAAGCGAUCAAUGAGUAGCAUGUCACCGAUGAUUAUCUACAAGAAAAGUACCGGAAAAGUACGGUUAGUGAUUGGUGCAGACGGUGGAUCAGCGGUAAUUUCAUCAAUCGCGCAAACGGUGAUAAGAUCGAUUCUGCUCAAUGAAACCAUCAAAGAGGCGAUUGACGCUCAACGUCUGCAUAAUCAGUUUAUGCCGCACCAAACUUUAUAUGAACAGACUUUUCCGAAGGAAUUAGUUGAUGUGUUAAGCGAUCAGUAUGCUCAAAAUAUGACUGCAACAGAACAAGUGAGCAGUGUUGUGCAUGCGCUCGAGGUGCGUGACGAUGGUUUUAUUCAUGGAAAUUGCGAUUUCAGACGGCAUAUCUCAACUUACCCGUGUGGAUUUUAA